GGGGAGGCGAGAUAAAUGGAGUAUAAAUUGGGUUUCGUCCGUCCAGAGGGUACCAGUACCAGGAUGAAGGUAGCACUGCUCGUAUUCGCCCUGGUUGCAGCGGCGCAAUCCUCCGUCGUUCCCGUGAACACCGAGGAAAAAGUCGCUGAUGCUGAGUUUUUGAAAAGACAAAAACAAGUCCUUGAUUUGUACGUGGGACUACCAAACUAUGAUGCUUUUGAGAAUGAGUUUUCCAAAUAUGAAUUCCCUGUUGAGGAUUUCACUGACCCUCAUGUGGUUGAGCGUUUAUUUGAAGUAGUGAAACAUGGUUUUCUACCGAAAAAAGCUGUCUUUUCACUAAACUGCCACCACACUCUUUAUGAAACGGUCAGCCUUUUCGAUGUGUUUUUCUUCGCCAAGGACUUCGACACGUUUUACAAGGCGGCUUCUUGGGCCAGAGCGCACGUUAACCCCGCGCAAUUUUGUUACGCAUACUCCUUAGCCCUUGUACACAGGGACGAUUGCCACGACUACGAACUUCCUCCGUUCUAUGAGGUUUUCCCUCACUAUUUCGCACCACAUCACGUCGUCGACGAUCUCUACAACGACGUCCUUCUCGGAGUAAAAGAAAAGAAAUACGAAUACAACAACACCGGCUAUGAAUUCAACUACCAUUCUGGAAUGUUCGGCGGGCCGCUUAGCCUCGAUGCCUACAGCCCCCAUCUUGAAUACAAAGUCAGCUACUUCAGAGAAGAUGUGGGUGCGAACGCUUUCUACGCGAUGUGGCAUCUCCAAUUCCCACCAUGGUUUUGCCCAAAGAAGUACCAUAAGUCCCACUGGUUCAAGGAAGGCGAGACUUUCUACUAUCUUCACCAACAACUCUUCGCACGUUACACAGUCGAAAGGUUGGCCAACGGUCUGCCCUACGUCGAACCGCUCUACUGGGAAAAGCCGCUUAAGACUGGCUACAACCCAAGGGUCACCCAUUUCAACAGAGUUCCUUUCUACACCAGACCUGACGACGUGGUACCCAAACAAUUGAACAAAUUUCUUGUACACAAAGCGCAAGUUUAUGAAGAACGACUUUACGAUGUUGUCCACGGAAUUUCCUUGUGGCCAGAAGAUAGCCACAACCUGACUUUCUUGAACAAUGAAGAAGGAACUGACUUGCUCGGUAAAUUGGUUUACGGUGCUUCCACCAAGGAACAUAAGGAUUAUUUCGGUCAAUUCUGGCACACAUCCUUGAACGCCCUGGGCUAUGUCGUAAAGACCAGCAAUGACCGCAAUUACGUUGGCGGAGCUUUGACCUCACCACUUACUUCACUAAGGGACCCUGCCUUUUAUAAUUUCCUCAAUCGUGUGGUCAAGUUGUUUCAAUCGCAAAAGAAGAAGUUCCACCCAUACAUGAAGAAAGACCUUGACUUCCCUGGAGUUGAUGUCGAAGACUUCCAUGUAGAUGAACUUGUGACUUACUUCGACCAUUUUGAUUACGAAGUCACCAACGCCGUUCCGGUUAGAAAAGCCGAUGACUACAAGACACUACACUUUUCUGCAACCCAAUACAGGUUAAACCACAAGCCGUUCCAUUACAACGUUACCGUAAAAAGUGACAAAGAGCACUACGGUAUGGUCAAAGUUUUCUUAGGGCCUAAAUACGAUUCAUUGGGACACGAAUUGAACCUUGAACAAAAAAGACUGGCCUUAUACGAGCUCGACAGGUUCCCAGUUAACCUUGUUCCCGGCGUUAACGUGCUGACACGUAGUUCAAAAGAAUCACCGUUCUUUACUGAAGAUAAGGAAAGCUUCAGACAAAUGUACAAUAGACUUGAAAGGGCAAUGGAAGGCAAAGAAACAUUCCAUGUCAAGAAGUGUCACUGUGGAGUACCUGACAGGUUCCAGCUCCCGGUUGGAACCCAGAGCGGACAUCCUUACUCCGUCUACGUAGUCGUCACCCCGGUCGAAAAGACAUUAGAGGUACACGACGGCAAAAAAUUCUACCUGGCCUGCGGAUCGCCUAAGCUUUACGAUUCCCGUCCUUUCGGUUUCCCGUUCGACAGGCCCGUCCACGAACAUGAAUUCCACUUGGACAACUUGUACCACAAAGACGUUCUAGUCUUCCACAGAACUGAGCACGAAGUCAACCGUGUCUUAUAAAUAAAACAUUAAGCUUGAUUUUAUACUGUAUUGUUGUUCAAUGUAUAAAUUCAAAAUUAAUUAAAAUCAAAUUAAAAAGACUACAAAAAUAAUCGUACAAAACAUUUGACAAAAUGGGAAAUUAAUUGUAAACAUAAAAUUCAAUGUAACAAGAUUAGCAUAAAUAAAAUAUCAAAAAGAGUAAACUGUA